UUUUUUUUUUCCUUCUUCUUCUUCUCUUCAUCUUUUUGUUAUUCCAUACCAUUGAUAUAUUUACAUCAGUAUGACUAUUUCCACAUCUUUACCUAUUAGUGAAAAUGAAUUUCAAGCUAUCAAGGCUCGUUACCAAGCUGCUGGACAAGAUCAUUUAUUUACCUUUUUUGAAGAAUUAGGUCCUACUGAACAACAGUCUUUAUACCAACAAUUACUUGAGUUUGAUGUGGAACGUAUCAAUCAAAUUUAUCACAAAGCUAUUGAAGGUGCUGCUAAACAAGAAGAAUGUAAUGUGGAACCUCUUUCUGAACAAGUCUUUGAUUCUGUCUUGACGGCUUCUCCACAAUCCUUGAAAACUUGGGAAACUUUGGGUUUAACAAUGAUUGCACAAGGCAAGGUCGCGGUCAUCCUUAUGGCAGGUGGUCAAGGUACUCGUCUAGGUUCCAGUGAUCCUAAGGGCUGUUAUGAUAUCAACCUUCCUUCCAAGAAGUCCUUAUUCCAAUUACAAGCUGAACGUAUUCUUCGUUUACAAACUUUGGCUCGUCAAUACAAGAAACCAACUGAUCCUGCCGAGUCCAUCAUUCCUUGGUAUAUUAUGACAUCUGGUCCUACUCAUCAACCUACUGUGGAUUACUUUAAGAAGCAUAACUUUUUUGGUCUCAAGGAGGAAAACAUCUAUUUCUUUGAACAAGGUACUUUACCUUGUUUGACUAUGGAUGGAAAAAUUAUUUUGGAAUCAAAGAGCAAGGUUGCUAUUGCUCCUGAUGGAAAUGGUGGUAUCUAUGCUGCAGUUCAAAACAAAGGUGUGAUUGCUGAUCUCAAGAAACGUGGUAUUCUCUAUUCUCAUUGUUAUUGUGUGGAUAACUGUUUAGCCAAGGUAGCGGAUCCUGUUUUUAUUGGUUACUGUGUAUCCAAACAAACGGAUUGUGGUGUCAAGGUUGUUGGAAAAGCUGCUCCUGAAGAACCCGUGGGUGUGGUAUGUCGUCGCAAUGGAAAUUAUGGUGUGGUGGAAUAUUCAGAAAUCUCUAAAGAAGUCUCGGAACGACGAAAAGCAGAUGGAUCAUUAGCAUUUGGUGCUGCCAAUAUUGCCAAUCAUUUCUUCAGUACUGAAUUUUUGGAACGUGUACCAACCUUUGCCUCUCAACUCGAAUAUCACAUCGCAAAAAAGAAGAUCAAGUAUGUGGAUUUACAAACGGGUGAAGUAGUGGCUCCUACUAGCAAUAGUGGUAUGAAAUUGGAAUGCUUUGUAUUUGAUGUAUUCCCCUAUGCCAAGAGCUUGUCAGUGUUGGAAGUGGAUCGCAAGGAAGAAUUUUCACCUUUGAAGAAUGCUCCUGGUUCUGGUGCUGAUUGUCCCGAAACAUCAAGACGUGAUAUCAUUGCUCAACAUGCUCGCUUCAUCAUCAAUGCUGGUGGCCAUAUCAAUGGUGACUUGAAUGAUCCUUUGGUCCAAUUCGAACUAUCUCCCUGGGUGUCUUAUGGUGGUGAAGGUCUUCAAGAUAUUGUGCAAAACAAAACAAUCACGCUCCCUGCUAUCAUUGAAACUAAACAAGAUUUGAUUAGAUUAGCUCUUUGAUGACAUAUAAUCAUAUUUCCUUUUCUACCUUUUUUUUUUUUUUUAUUUCCAUCUUUAUACUCUUCUUAUUAUAUUAUUAUUAUCUUGUG